AAGCAUCUGGCAAACGACAUUCAGUCAAUCGAAUUCGAAGUCAAAGGUGGAUAGUAGCGUGUGUGAAAAAAAACCGUACAAAUAAAUAGCAGCAACAUGAAGUGUGCUCCAAUAAUUGUCGCAGCCGUGCUCACUCUUUGCUUCACAACAACAACAACUUAUGCCGAUUCUGUGUUGGAUAAUGCGGCGGCAGAGUCCACGAAUGAUGAGCAGCUCGAGACGGCAGCCAGCAGUUUGAAUCCACUGGACGAGACACAUAAGCAAGAAAAGCGUUAUAUUGGCGGCGCAUGGGAUCCAUACUCAACGCGUGUCGGCUUGGAUGGCGGUUCGUUGUAUAAUUCCGGUUAUGGUGGUUAUGGCAAUUACGCUGGUUACAGUGGUAUUGGUGGGCUCGGCGGCUAUGGUGGUUACGGCUCACCCGGCUAUGGCAACUAUGCUGGCUACGGCACUACUGGCUACGGUCCCUAUGGCGGUUAUGGCAGCCCUUACUCCUACUACAAUGCGCGCUUCGGUAGUGGUUAUCCCUACUCGCGUUUGGGCUACAAUUACCCCUCCAACUAUUACAGUGGUUACUCGAACAGCGUGGUAGGCGGUGGCCUGGGCGCUCUUGGAGGUGGUGUAGUGCCACCUGUAGGUGGCGUUGGCAUCAGCACUGGCUAUCAGUAUGGGCCGGGCGUCUCGGGUACCGUCUACUAAAAGCCAAUAGGGGAACUCGACCUAUGAGCGAAAGCGGUAGUUGUACGAAAACUCAGACAAGGCUGAGUUUGUUAUGGAAGGCUGCCAAAUAAAUUUCGAUUUUGUAAUGCAUACUGAUUAAUAGAAUAAAUUAAAGGAAUAAAUAUCAUAUAAAAAAAACUGAAUGGAUUUUUGUCCAUUUGGGUGACUCGGCGUACUACGUUAGAUGUUUAUGUAAUAGCAAAAGAGAUUGCAAAUAAAGUUCGG